GGCAGCGAGGCGUGAGCAUGACCCGCUCCGAGCCCAGCCCAGCCAUGCCCGCGUCGCCCCUUCCUGUUAGCCGUGAGUUGACUCUGUAUUGCUACAGAGACCCGCAAUGGGAGUGUGCAGUUUUCUGUUGAAAAAUUCUCUCAAGAGCUCAUGAUUUUUUUCCAUCUCUCCUCUUAACAUUUCGACUACUCCGCAGACAUGGCUCACCACGCAAGGCCUUCCAGAUUAGCCAAAAAGGAAGAGAUAGGCAAAAAGAAAACUAACCAGGGUAAAAAGAAAUCUAGCCAAGUGAGAAAGAAAACCACAAAGACUUCCACAAAAGCUGUUAGUUCUGGAAAAGGCAAAAAGCCGGCACAAGAAAAAGAUGUGAAGAAAAAGCAGCAAGAAAAGAAACCAAUCAUGAGCUCUUCAGGUAGAUUUCUCAGGAGCAGUGUCACCAGAACCUUGUCUGGAACACCUUGGGUGAGUUUGGAGAAAGCUGACAAUAUCCUCUUUCAUAGCCAGGAAGCUUUCAACAUCAAUGGUUUUACAAUGUCUCUUCGUAACCGAUCAUUCUCCCGUAGAUUUUCUCAAGCUCCAACAAUUGCAAAACCCAGAAAAGCUGCAGCACAAAAAAAGCUAGAAACAAAGGAAAAACAUGAACAAGCUCUGGCAGUAGUAGAAGACAAAAAUGUUGAAGCAUCCGAAAAUGUGUUGGAACAGAAUUUAGCACAAGAUGAAUUAGCUUCUCUGCCUGUAGAGGAUAUUCCGUGCAGUGUAGAUGAAGAGCCUGCUGCCAUGUGUGCUGGUCAAGAAGAGGAGGGAGAAAUACCUGAAAUGAAGAACUCUGUUCCAAGCACCCAAGUGACUGAUGAUAAUACAGCAGAGUCAGAGGUGGAGUAUGAGCACGAAGACCUGCCCUGUGAGCAGACGCUCAUUGAUCUCAAUGCAAGUAGUGCAGCUGAAGCAUCUGCUGAAGAUGCUGCAUUGGUGCUUCCGUCUUCUGAUUCCAUAACCACCUCUGAACCAAACUCGAAGGUGUGUAUAGAGACUCCCUUCGACCUGGUGCCUAACAGUAAAGAACCUGACUCUGAUUCUAUUGAUACCUCAGACCCCAGUUCAGCUGUGCUGUUAGAAGAGUUGGUCCCACUUGCUGAAUCCCACACUGAAGCAGAGUCAGACCUGGUGCUAGCCAGUGAAGAACGCUACUCGAAUUCUGCACCCACAGUUACCUCUGAGUUAAAUUCACAAGAAUGUUUAGAAGAUUUGAGCUCAUUUUCAGAGUCCUGCAUAAAAGCAGAUGGGAAUUUGAAGUCUGAGAAUGAAGAUCUUGGUUCACAUGAAGCUGCCACUGGAUCAAAUUCACUUUUACAUUUUGAAAGUGUAAGUUCACUUGUGGAAUCUGACAUGAAACUCGUGGAUUUUGUGCCCAUUCACAAAGAGAUUGACUCAUGUUCAGAUCUGAGCUGUACAGUAGGGAAUACAGAAUCAGACUCAAAAAACAUACUUACAGUAAGCGAACCAGUUUCCGAUACCUCUUUAACCAAUAUUGAAGUGGAGGAUAUUGAACAAUUUGUUACAUGUAUUGAUGCAGAGACGUUAAUUUUGAAUUCAGGUUAUGUCCCCGCUUUAUCAUCAGAUAUAGAAAAAAGAGCAGUCGAUGAACUCUCCAGUGAGAGUUCCAGAAAAUUCUCUGAAGGUUUUGUUUCAGAGUUGCCUUCAAGCACAGAAAUCUCUGUUCUUGCCUUAGAAAAAGCCAUAAAUGCAGAUUUGCCAGUUGAUUUGAGACUGCAGCAGAAUGAUUAUUCAUCACAGCUGGAAAGCGUUGGAAUAAGCUUGAAUUUGGUUCAGGACAACGUGAGCAACAGCACUCAAACAGUUGAGGCCUCAGGGCCAUCCUCUCUUACAAAUCCGGCUGGCAGUCACCCUCUUGCAUAUUCAUCUCUGCUCCCUAUGUUAGAGAAAAAGAAACGAAGGCGUUGUGGAGUCUGUGAGCCCUGUCUGCGGAAAACAAAUUGUGAAGAAUGCAGCUGUUGCAGGAAGCGCAAAACCAGUCACCGGAUAUGUAAAAAGAGAAAAUGUGAAGAACUGAAAAAGCCACCGCCACCAAUCACACUACCUCUUGAGGUUCUAACUGAAAACAAAAGACCUCAGAGGAGGAAGCAAAGAGUUUUUAAGGCAAAUUUAGAAAACAAACCAGUAAAUGGCCGCAGACCAGAACUCAUGGAAUGCAGUAUAUGCGGUCAUGGUGAAAAAUACAGGGUGAAAACAAACCAAACACAACCCUUCGAAAAUGCACAGUCUAAGGAGAAAGAAAGAAUGACAGGCUUAGAAGCAGAGAAGUGGGCACAUAACGAGAAGCCAUCCUUUGGUGUCCAUGUCAAUGGGGAUACCCAUGGAACUGUGACAGGCCACGAACACUUGAGAAAUGCAGAAGAAAGUGAAAGAGUGGUCUCUCCCAGUCAAUUAGCUGAGCCAAAAAAAUCAUUUGCACAGACCAUCAAAAAUGGCAUAAAAACCCUACAUUACUUAUCACCAGAAGCAGUUGCUUCACUGAAAAAAGCAUCUGUAGUGGAAAGGACAGAUUUGACAAGCAACUCCCAUGCCCAGUGGAUGAAGGCUACCAAUCUGAAUAACAUAGUCAGCACUCUGACAACUAGUGUUAGCUGUGUUCACCCAGACAAACAAGGAAAUCUUUUCAUGAAAGAGGAAAACUGUACUUGCAGUGUCUUUCAGGAUUCUGAUAAGUCAGUACUGCAAACCAGUUCUGUUUUGGAUCUGCAAGAAAGCACAUGUUGUCCUCCUUUGGUUAAAGAGGAAGUGCAUGGAGAGGAUGGCUUCAAAGUACCUAACACAGAGACACAGCAUGAGAGUCCUUCACUCCAGCCAACUUUCUUGUCCCUGAUUAAAAACAGAAACCUAACUGUGGAGCAGGUUGUAGCUAUUGAAGCUUUAACACAGUUAUCUGAAGUCCCUUUAGGAACAUCUUCCCCAGCUAAAGCUGAAAAUAGUGAGUGUACAGAAGAAAGAACUUCCAACUUGCUCCAUAGUUAUAAAAGAGAUAUUUCAUCCUCCUUUACGUCUUCUACAUUGAAAGAAAUCAAUGACACUUACUUACAGAAAGAACAACAGCUCUUGACUCACUGUGCUCACUCACAAAAGCAGCUCCCAAAUAAGCCAGCGUUGUACAAUGGCCAAAGUUCGAUUUCUGAAUUGCGUGACAAACCUGCCAAUCUUGCUGGUGAGAUGUAUAAACUGCAGUUAUCCUCAGGAGAUACCAAAACUUUAUCCGAGUUAAGAUCUAAUGCAAAAUCAUUUUCAGGACUUAAUACCAAGAAAAACUAUGAUCCAGUCACCCUUUCACGGUAUUGCAAUGUUCAACAUGCAAGCAACAGCUUGGAUACUCUUGGCCAGUUAGAUCAAAAGCCAACCUGUGAUGAUUUGAACUUGGAAGCUGGUUCUUUAAUUAAAGAAGGAGGAAUUCACAGCCAGGAUGAAGAGGAUGUAGCUACACAACUAACUCAACUUGCAGCAUUAAUUGAAUCAAACCGGGCAAAUCCAGAACAGAAGAAUGACAUAAAGACAUCGCUGCUUAAUUUAAUAUCCCAUGAGAGGCAAGCAAAACAUAACCAAGAUCUGCUGCAGAGAAAAGAAUCUGUAUUUUUUAGGCAUAAUUGCAGUUCCUUACUGUUAAAGCAAAAACAAUCAACAAAUAAAAAAGGAAAUGCUGUACCAUGGAAACCAAGACACAAAAAAAAGCCUCAAGAAGCACGCUAUCAACAAAUUAAUCGAAACCAACUAGAGUUGUUGUCGUGCCAGCACAGUGAGCUACAGGACAUUUGGAUAUCAUCAAAACUGCACAAGCUUGGCCAAACCAUGCCACAGGACUCCAGAAUAGCUUUGUCGGAAAAAAAAUCACCAAGAACCAAAGUACAGAAAGCACUGAGUCAAAGUGCGCUAACAUUACAGGAAAAACCUAGGCUGUUUCUUCCUCAAACACAGAUAAAGUUCCACAGAUUAUCUGAGGUACCGCAGGACAAAAAAAAAGACAGAUUGUUUGGCUAUGAAGUGGUGAAUGAGCAAAUCAAAACUGCAGGCUCCAGUGACCCACCAGGCAUCAUUCCACUGAAAAACGAUGUUGCAGCAUGUAACCAAUAUAGUGAUCUGCUCUCCCGUAAUCCUCUGUCAGUUUCGCAGUUGAAAACAGCAUCCUUGUUAACCAGACCAAGUGAAAACACACAGAUGUUUACAGAAAAAUGUAAUUCUCAGGUACAGCAGGCAGUGAAUGUUGGUCAGACACAUCCUUUGCCUCAAACUUUUAGUCAGUCUAACCUGAGAGCUAGCGAAGCGUGCAGUGAAGAUAAAGCCUAUGUCCAGCAGGGUGCUGAUCCGAAGUCGCAGAUGCUGCCUGUUUCCUGCAGUGCGGGUCAGGUGCCAGGCACUGUGGAAGCUCUCAGGAACAUGGAGUGUGCAGGUGAAGUUACCAUUCUAACAUCAAGAAGUUUGGGUACUGACCAUCCGCAGAGCACAGGCGACUCAGGGUGUUCUCCAGCAAAAAACACACUCAGCAGUUUUCUUGAAUCACCGAUGAAGUUUCUCGAUACUCCUACAAAAAAUUUAAUAGAUACACCUACAAAAAAAGGACAGUCUGAAUUGCCAACUUGUGACUGUGUUGAGCAAAUUAUUGAGAAAGAUGAGGGCCCAUAUUACACACACCUUGGGACAGGACCAAGCGUUGCUGCUGUGAGAGAAAUAAUGGAGAACAGGUAUGGAGCAAAAGGAAGCGCUGUGAGAAUAGAGGUAGUCGUUUAUACAGGAAAGGAAGGAAAAAGCUCUCAGGGGUGUCCGAUUGCCAAGUGGGUGAUACGAAGAAGUAGUGAUGAGGAGAAGUUGCUAUGCUUGGUACGUCAGCGUGCGGGACACCACUGCCAGACUGCUGUCAUAGUGAUUCUCAUACUGGCGUGGGAGGGGAUCCCUCAUCUCCUGGCUGAUACGCUGUACAAAGAGCUGACGCAGAGCCUCAGAAAAUACGGCUGUCCCACGAGCCGCAGAUGUGCACUGAAUGAAGACCGUACGUGUGCAUGUCAGGGACUUGAUCCAGAAACGUGUGGAGCAUCAUUCUCAUUUGGCUGUUCAUGGAGCAUGUAUUUCAAUGGAUGUAAAUUUGCCAGAAGUAAAAACCCCAGGAAGUUUAGGCUUCUCACUGAUGACCCUAAACAAGAGGAACUUCUUGAACAUAAUUUGCAAACUUUAGCUACUGAUGUGGCUCCGGUUUAUAAAAAGCUUGCUCCUGAAGCUUUCCAGAACCAGGUGGAAAAUGAACACAUGGGCCCAGACUGUCGGCUCGGAUCCAAGGACGGUAGGCCUUUCUCUGGUGUCACAGCUUGCAUAGAUUUUUGUGCCCAUGCCCAUAAGGACACACAUAACAUGCACAAUGGAAGCACUGUGGUCUGUACGUUAACAAAGGAGGACAACCGGAGAGUCGGGGUGAUUCCAAGCGAUGAGCAGCUCCAUGUGUUACCUCUAUACAAAAUUUCACAAACAGAUGAAUUUGGUACUGAAGAGGGAUUGGAAGCUAAGAUAAAAGCCGGAGCCAUACAGGUGCUCACAGCGUUUCCCAGAGAAGUACGGAUGUUAGCUGAGCCUCUGAGAGCUACAAAGAAAAAGAAACCCGACACGAGGAGGACCCCAAGUGAAAAGCAGCAAUUAAUGGAUAAAAAAUAUUCAACACCCAUAAAGCUGAAAACUGAAGCGCCAGAAAAUCUCAGUAACACUUUGCAUUGCUUAGGGAACAAAGCAGAUGCUUUAAAACCUGGGAUAAAAACGGAGACUUCUGAUCACCUCUGUGCCAUGAAACAUACUUCAAACACUACUAAAAAUUGCUCCUUAUUAAAACAAUAUACGGCUUCCUCCCCUUUUAAGGUGGAUAGUUUACAUCCUUAUUCAUCGUUAGCACAUAAGCCUGGCAUAGCAGCAGUGACUAAUAUUCAACAAGAUUUUUCAGUUCCCUACGGGUAUUUUGAAUGCAGUAGUAAGCAACCUCACGUGACACCUUAUAUUAAUUGUAAGAACUUUGAUGUGUCUGUCAAAGAUUAUACUGGAAUUUUGCUGAAUGAUAAGAUGAACGGUGUGCCGCCAAUUCUUCCAGAGGUCACUGCUCCAGGCCCCCCAGCCCACAAAGAUCCCCCGCCCAGUAUACUUGAACAUCAGCCAGACAAGCAGAAUUGUCAGCCUCAGUCAGACAGUUCUCCUUCUUCACAGAUGAUCGGCUCUUGCGAUCUGUCAGUACCGUUAAGCUCUCCAGCAAAGGACGCAGUUGGAAAUGAAGCUGACUGUUCCCACAGGUGCCCGGUGGAGAAGGGUGGCUCCCAUCGAGAGCAGAUGUGUGAUUUUGACUGCAUUGACGAAAAGCAGAACAGUGCCCUGGGACAACCGACUGAUUCUGAAGAAAAAGCCGAGGAAAUGUGGUCAGACAGCGAGCACAAUUUUUUGGAUGAUGACAUCGGCGGCGUAGCUGUGGCACCUUCUCAUGGUUCUAUCCUAAUCGAAUGUGCGCGACGUGAACUCCACGCUACCACACCUAUUAAAAAGCCCAACCGCAAUCAUCCCACGCGGAUCUCCUUAGUUUUCUACCAACACAAAAAUUUAAAUGAGCCAAAACAUGGUUUAGCCAUGUGGGAAGCAAAGAUGGCUGAGAGGGCGAAAGAAAAAGAAAAAGAAGCAGAGAGAUUAGGAACAGAGAAUACCGAACUGAACUCCAGCAGCAGGAAAACAAAGCAAACAAGUGAAAACAGAGAGAUUUUUUAUGAAGACAACGAGUUCAACCAAAUUCCAUCACGCAGAGCAUUAACAGUAACUAAAGAUAACGUAAUAACAGUAUCUUCUUAUGCCCUUACCAGAGUUGCAGGGCCUUACAACCAUUGGGCAUAGGCUUUAGUAUCAAAUGCCUCCUCUUGGUGCAGCGUUACGCAGUGUUUCUUUAAGGUGCUGUUAAAGAACAAGUCUUGUGUCGUUUACUAUUUGCUCAUCUCAACCAUUUUAAGGCUGAGGUAAAAAAAUAAAAAAAAAGGAGGGGAUUUCUUCUUAAACUGUGACUUCAACAUUUGGUGGUGCUCAAGCACAUUUUAAGAAAAAAA